AUGACUGCUUCAUUCGUCAAGAUCCUGCUUCUGGCUACUGCCAGUAUGGCAACAGCUGUUAGCGUUAAUGCAUCUGCCAGCGUCGACGCAUCUGUCAACAUCGACGCAUCUGCCAACGUCGACGCAUCUGCCAACAUCGACGCAUCCGCCGAUAUCGAUGUCGACGUUGACGUCUCCGUAGGCGCGGUACGAAUUGAGGACCUUGCCGAGCAAUGCGACGUUCCAACCAAUGCGAUGGUCAACCUACUCAACACCGACGACUUUGCCACGAUCAAGGUCGAAGACUGGACCGCUAUCCUUCAGCAGCCUGUUGGAGUCGUCGAAGCUUGGCCUGCUCCAAUUAAACAAAUUGUCUUCACUGACAUCUCGGUCGAGCUCUCUGCUAUGAUCGCUCCGGAGACCGCACGCCGCCAGCUUGCACCGGCAGUCGUAACCAACAAAGUCGAGGUCACUGACGCUUUUGAAUCCGUUCGUCGCGUUGAACGCCAAAUUCUGGCCUCCCUCGAUGCCCGUAUAAAAUCAGCCAGAUCAGGUUGCUCCCAAAACACGGGGUGUGGUACUUGCGUCAUUGCCGCUCGGUUGAUGGGUUUCGGUGCUAUCGCUACUUGCGCUGGCAUUGAUUUCGCCGCCAUCGAAGCCAAUGUCGAUAUUGAUCUCCCCAUUGUUGGAGCCAAGGUCGGCAUUGAUGUCUCGGUUGCUAUCUCUGACCUCGUCGCGUGCAGCUCCAAGGCUACUGCUACCGUCGAGGCGGCCAUUGGUGUUUGCCACUCCAACCUUUAG